AUGGCUCUUAUACUUUCUGAAUUUUCUUAUAAUGUAUUUUAUCAAGUGUUUCAAAAAAUUAUUCAAGGAAUAAACGUAAGUUUAGAUAUCAAGUUUACCAAUGACCACACCAAAUAUGAACUUUGUGAACCUCAAUUUUUCACUGGAAGCAAGAAUGGGACCCCACUAGUUGAAAUUAAACCUUCCCAAACCCUUAAAACAGACUUUUCAGGCAAUUUUUUUUCAAAAGGAAUGAUAUUAUAUAAAGUGAAAGAUGAUUCGGAUUUUCAUUAUCUUGUAAUUACAUGGAAAGUCAAAAUUGGAAUGAUGCGAGGAAAAAAUUCAGUUGCCAUCCACAUACUUGAUGAUUUACCGAAAGAAAGUUUUUACAACGGAUUACAUGGGAAAGCAAAUAGAAAAUAUCCUGGAGAAAAUAUUAACCCUGAAAAUUUAUAUUAUCGUAUAUCUGGAGGCAUUAGUGAUGGAGUGCGAACACAGUUGUCUGAAUCUGUGGAUUCUGAAUCAAAGUUGGAUGAAUUAGCCUCUGUCUCAGAUUUUAUUCAUCUGAGCAUUGGGGUACAUGAGUUUUUUCAAAGUUGA